AUGAGUGACGGUUCGCAACCGCUACGCGCGCGUGACUUUUCCCGGUUAAAGCAACGACAACCAGAGGUUGUAGUGACUCCUCCGUCAGUUAUACAGUCUAGUAGCCCUGGAGGGAAAGUUGAUUUCCUCGAGCCAGAUUCGGCAACACAAAUGGCAAACAAGCACGAAAACCACUUUGUUGGUGGAUUAGCACCCAUAGAUCCCUUCGCUCAUCCCCCUAGAUUCUUUCCCUCCUUAUUCAACGCCAUCCUUGCGACUGCGUUAUUCCGGUGCUGGAAUCUAAUACUCUUAUUUGCUGGCUGGGCAACGUGUGUUUGUUUGAUCAGCGCUAAAGUACGCGACCUAGGCAUAUCGUCCACCUUGCUCACUGUUUUCGGUACCAUACUAGGUUUCGUGAUCUCGUACCGCACGUCGUCCUCAUUUGAGCGUUACAACGAGGGUAGGAGACUGUGGUCCACCAUUGUCCUAGCUAGUCGAACCUUUUCCCUCUGGUUCCAUGUUCCAGAUACACCCUCGACCGCAACCCCUGAAACUGCCGUCGAGGCACGAGCACGCAAUAUAAUAGAGAAACGCACUGCUAUCAACCUAAUCGAAGCUUUCAGCGUCGCGGUUAAACAUUACCUCCGAGGAGAGGAAGGGAUCUACUAUGAGGAUCUGUACCAUCUGGUCAAAUUUCUGCCUGCAUACUCGCUUCCGGCGGGUAUGCCUAACCAGCGAGUGAAAUCACGGACCUCGGCCGAAAUCACAGAAGCGACGGGGGACGAUCAGCAAGAGCGGGGUUCGUGGGGUGGUUCAACUUCGACUCAACUCCCGACUACGAACAAGGAUGGCCGGACCUCGUUUCAAUUACCAGCUGCGACUGAGAAAGAUAUGUCAGGUCCCACUAGCCCCGGGCUAGGACGUGGAUCCACAACGCGGCGUAGUGGAACAAGUUAUCGCCGGAUUAGCGGACCUCAUGGAGCUGUAGAUUUGGCACCUGCAAGUAAUCCUCCCAAGUGGGGCGCGUUCGACGUGUGGCCUCUAUCGUUGCUGGUCAAGGUUCUGACUAAAAAGGGCAAGAACGUAAGCGGGAAAAAAGCUGCGAAGGAACGAGCAAAACAACACGUUAUCUCGCAUAACAUUCCUUUGGAGAUCACGCUUUACUUGAGUUCAUAUAUCUCGGCUUUGCAACAGCGCAAGGUCGUUGACGUCCCUACUAUCAACACUCUGCUCCUCGGGCUCAAUCAGCUAGUUGACUCAUUGAGUGGUUUGGAACGAAUUCUCACCACCCCAAUCCCGUUCUCUUAUGGCGUGCAUUUGUGGACCGUCUGUCUUCUCUACGUCUUUUUCUUGCCCUUCCAAUUGUGGCCCACACUGAGAUGGGUAACUAUCCCGGCUACUUCUAUCGCGGCUUUCUUGUUUUUCGGGUUCAUCGUGGCGGGGGAAGAGAUCGAGAAUCCAUUCGGGUACGACAAGAAUGAUCUCAAUCUCGACCAUUUCUGUCGCAACAUUAUCCACGCCGAAUUAAUGGCCAUUACUAGCGUGCCAGUUCCAGAUCCCAAGAGUGGGCAUUCGUCAGAGAAAACGACUGCGUCUUUGGCACUGAGGGUCCAAUCCGUUCACCAGAAGAAUGGGUAA